AUGACUUCUCCGCUUUCAAAUCUUCAACUAACAUGGCCUCAAUGGGAUCUCGCGGUGGUGGUCACUCAGUCUACGUUGGAAAUCUCCCCUAUCAGACCAGCGAGGAAGCCAUCGGGAAUCCACUUCAGCCGAGCCGGCCAAGUAACCAAUGUCAGGAUCGUCUAUGACCGCGAAACUGGUCGCAUGAAGGGCUUCGGAUUCUGUGAGUUCUCUGACGAGGCUGGAGCCAACAACGCCGUGAACACCCUCAACGGAUCGGAUUUCGAUGGCCGACAACUUCGAGUGAAUCUGGCCAACAGAAACUGA